AUGCCUUCGUACUUUUACCACUUAAAAUUUGAGCUGUACCCGACGAGCGACCCGACUGUAGCGCGCGCUGUUCCUGACGCGAACAUUUGGCUACCUACAGCGCACACGAGCACCAGAAAACAGACCGAAACGGCCUGGCGGGACUGGCGCUUUGGCUGCGUGAGCAUCGAGACGUUGGAUCCGAUCGAGGCCAUGGCUGUCGCAGAAGCCAAGACAAGCAGCAACGCAGGUGCCGCGGCCGCGCCCUCGCUGGGGCCAAACUUCUUCGGGCCGGGCACGGCGACCAAGGCAGCCUGCGUGCGGCUGAACACACAUCAUACCAAUGUCGGCUGGGGCGUGGUGCACUUCUACCGCGACGAGCACGAGAGCACGGCGUCGCGGCUGACCGAGGCAGAGCAGCAGCUUGGCGCGACGGCGGUGGGGGUCGACGACGAUGAGGACUGCUCGACGCUGUGCAUACCCGCGGUGCCGGCGUACAUGACGCCGGGCGACCUCUGGGGGUUUAUCGGCGAGCGAUGGCGCGAGGACAUCAGCCACUGCCGCAUGGUCAUGACGUCCAAAAUGAAUCGCUAUCUAGUGCUACUCAAGUUUCGCCACGGAAAAGUGGCGAGGGAGUGGAAGAAGAUGUUUGAUGGGACAGUGUUUAAUACGAUGGAGCCGCAGGUUUGCCAUGUCGUGUUUAUCAAGAGUAUAACCUUCGAGACACCCGCGCAGAACACAUCACACGAACCAAUCGCAUCGUCGUCUUCAGCAGCGGUGUCGAACACUCUCAAGCCAUUUCCGCCCCCGACGCCAAACUUGGUGGAGCUACCGACGUGUCCCGUGUGCCUGGAGCUCAUGGACGAGACGAGCGGGAUCAUGACGAUUCCAUGCUCGCACGUCUUCCACUGCACGUGUCUACAAAACUGGAAAGGCGGCGGCUGUCCCGUCUGCCGCUUCACCACGGCCAUCGCCGGGCGCCACCACGAUGGCGAGAACCCCCUCAGCCACCCGUUCGGGUCCGACGCGUCCAACCUGUGCAGCAUAUGCGACUGCGCCGACGACCUCUGGAUCUGCCUCAUCUGCGGGUACAUGGGCUGCGGGCGGUACAAGGGCGGCCACGCCAAGGACCACUGGAAGGAGACGGCGCACAGCUUCGCGCUCGAGCUGGAGACGCAGUACGUCUGGGACUACGCGGGCGACGUCUGGGUGCACCGCCUGAUCCGCGACAAGGGCGACGGUAAGGUCGUCGAGCUUCCUGGGCGCAGCAGCGACCGCCACGGACAGGCCGCCGUGGACGAGGACGUGGUGCCGCGCGCCAAGCUGGAAAACAUGGGCUUUGAGUAUACACACCUCAUUACGAGCCAGCUCGAGUCGCAGCGCGCGUACUACGAGGAGAUGCUGGGCAAGGCCGCGACCAAGGCCUCGCGGGCGUCGGCCGCGGCGGACACGACGGCGCGGCAAGCCUCGGAGACGGGGGCGCAGCUCGCGGCGCUCGGGGACGAGCUGCAGACGCUGCGUCUGCAGACGGUGCCGCAGCUAGAGCGGGACCUGGAGCGGGAGCGCAGCAAGGCGGCCAAGAGCGAGACGCUGGCGCGCAGCUUUGGCCAAUCGCUGCAGGAGGAGAAGCGCGUCAACGAGGGCCUGCUGAAGCGCAUCGAACACCUCAGCGCGGAGAGCGAGGAGACGAGGAAGCAGAUGGCGGCGAUGAAGGAGGACAUGGCAGAGCUCAAGGAGAUGAAUCGCGACCUGAGCAUGUUUAUUUCCGGGCAGGAAAAGCUCAAGGAGAUGGAAAAGGAAGGGCAGCUGGAGGAUGGGGAGAUUGAAGGCGGGAGCGCGAGUGUGCCGGCGAAGAAGAGCAGGAGAAGAGGGAAGCGGUAG